CGACUGGCCAAACGGGAGCGAGUUGCAGAAAUUGUUGUGGCUUGAACGUGCCCGACUUCUUAAUGGCGAUAUCGUUUUACUCAUGGAAGGAUUGCUGGGCCAACCUGUGGCCGCGUCUGAUUUAUCGGUGUAACGUCACCAAGAUGUGGGAUAAAUUCGAUCGGUACAACGACUUGAUUACGAAUGGAACGAUGGCUGUCGAUCAUUUCUCUCGUUUGGGACAAAUGUCUGACGUGGAAUUGAAUCGCAGGACAACAGCCGUCGGUGAACGCAACGUGAAAAUAGCGGCUCGUAACAUCCAGCUGGUCAAUGAUUGCCUCCAACGUCAAUUAAAUGAAACUGCGAAAAAUGUAACGACGUCUGACCAACUUGCCGACCAAGUGGCUAACGUUUUAUCAACUCUCUAUCCUCUGCCAAUCCGCUGGAUCGUUGCUGUUUACACUAAUAGAACGUUACCAUCUCGAACAAAGUCCAAACUGUCAGCUGAUUACGCGUUCGAUUUGAAUGGAUUUCACGUUGCUCUCUUUCCGUUUGUGCAAGGUGAAAUGCCGAAUAUCAUCGAUGGCCGGCUCGUCGAUGCAUUUUGCAGUCGGCCCGUCAGAGAAGCGGGCGGGGCUCACAUUUGUGACGUCGGGAGUAAUGAUGGCGAGUACGUCUACAACGAACUCAGACGUCUGGGCAUCGUCCCGGACGCUGCCCAAUUGAUUGUUGUCCCAUCUAAAGGCCAGUUGAGCAUCAGAGUUACACCAACGGGCAGUUUAACUCCAUUCUUCGCAAAAAGAUAUCCGGAUUUUGACAUUGUCGCAUUUUAAAUUUAGAAAAUUGUGCCGAGUGGACUGUCGAUUCACAAGGUCAUUUGCAUCCCAAAGCUUUUGAUGGGUUUAUUCAAGUGACAUAGUUUUUUUUUUUUUUUCUUUGUAUUGAACUU